UUGAGACUGUCAAUCUUGACGGUGAAACAAACGCCAAGACACGACGUGCAAAGCCUCAGACAAUUGAAGCACUUGGAACAAUAGAAGACAUUAUUGAAAGUUGUCUCCCGGAUCCUGCGAUUCAGGCAUAUUUUAUGGAACGCGGCACAACGGCAUCGUGGAAUGCGGCUGCAGCACGUGAUACUUUUGAUGUCGUUACUCCUGUCAAUUCAUCAUUGGUACAGAAGAAUAGAUCUGGAAUGAGGGAUGAAAGGACAUGGGGGGCAAAUGGGCAAUCCGGGGCAAGGGAGUUUCCUGGUAGGCGCAGAGAACCCUUUAUGCCGUAUCCCUUGGGGCGGCGUGCCUCGUUGGAUUCUCGCUUGGGAAAAUUCACACACGUCCGUUCCCAUACAUAUGGAAGUUGGGGGCGCAAACCGCCGGAGACUCCGGUGUACCAUAAGCGCCACCUCACCUUUGACGAGCGCUUUGCGGUUGGCCGAGAGAUGCCUGUACCGUCUAAAAUUUUGGAGAUGUCACGGCGGUACGAUGAAAAACACAUGGGUCACCACCGCCAGCGACGAAGAUCUUGCCCUUUUUUUGCGGACAAUGAGAUGAUGCAUCUUCCCAACGGAGAAGACGAUCCUGACAACUUUGAUGGGGCAGAAGAGAACAGCAACCAAAAUUGCAAGAGCACAGGUGGAAUUGUGAUUCUCGGCGCGCCACCAUGCAGUGAACUUUACUCGUGGAUUGGUCAGAUGCGGAUGCGAGAUGGCGAGAUUGUUCCAUUGGGUAUUGAGCAGCUUCUUCCACGGGGAUGUGUGGUACGUAACACGGAAUGGAUACUCACUGCGGUGACAUACACGGGAAGAAAUACCAAGAUGCUGCUGAACCAACGGCCCAAAUCAGUGAAAUUUUCUGUAGUUGCACGGCGUAUCAACAUUUUGAAUUGUUUCCUCUUACUUGUGCAUCAAUCUUUUUUGUUUUUUCUCUGCGGACUUGCGGUCAGGUGGCGGAAUGAACGCUUGGAGGCACCAGAAGGCACACGUAGUGGGUAUUCGACAUGGUAUAUUCAAUGGAAUCUUUCACGCUAUACCGCAAAAGAAUUUUUUGGAUGGCGAUAUCUUACCAACUUUGUUCUUCUCUCAUAUCUUAUUCCACUCUCUUUGUAUGUCACAAUGGAAUUCAACAAAGCCAUUCAAAUGGUCCUUAUUUCCCGUGAUAGGCGAAUGGCAAAUUUUGAUGAAUUUAUUGGCGAGUUACGCUAUACACGUCCUAAAACAUCAGAGCUAAACUGUCAAUUGGCUCAUGUGCGGUAUAUAUUUACAGAUAAAACCGGGACAUUGACAGAAAACAUUAUGACAUAUGUGGGUGGUUGUACAGCGACGAAGACUCACAAUGAACAAGAGAGACCUGGUGGUCUUGGUGAAGAAUUUAUACAACUUAUACAGAAUUACCCCAAUAGAUCUGGAACUAGGUCUGUUAUUCAAGGCAAUUGCUUUUUUCGUGGUCGUCGUCGAAAAUUUGAUUUUGAUGAAUCUAUGAUGGAAUCUGAACCACUUUUUCAGUACCUGCGAGCAUUGGCUUUAUGUCAUUCUGUCGUUUGUUUUGAUCGUUCAUCUGUGGAUCAGGCGGCGAUAAUUUCUUCCUUGAGUUGUACCCAUGUAUCUUAUGGGCAUGAAGCGGAAAAUGCUCAUUUUCGAAUGCAAACUGGUGAGCAGCAAGAACUUCAAGCUUUGGAUCCAGCCAUAACGGGUACUUUCAAUUCAUCUGGGGCCCAGGUAAGUGGGUUUCACACCAGCACAGCAAGUGGUGUUGGUAAGUUUCUUCAAGGCCAUAAUGGAAGUUCAAGUUGGUAUGUAACACGUUACAAUGAUAUGCAGACGGAUCAACGAUCCGCAACUAUGCCAAGGAUUGUAAAUGAAUUAAAAGACGAAUCAAAAAUAUACGAAGCACAGUCAUUGGAUGAGAUUGCAUUGGUGACAGCUUCUCGUGACAAUCUUUUUGCAUUGCAAAGACGGAGUGCGACGCAUAUGUUUAUUAAGGUUGUAAAUAAGAUUAUGUGCUACGAGAUUAUCGCUGAAUUGGAGUUUACACCACAGCGGAAAUUAAUGAGUAUUUUAUUGUGCCGGUCCCCCACACACGAUGAUGAGGCUUUUGAGCAACCAGAAACAACAAUUAGUUAUCACCGAUUAAAUACCGCAACAGCAUUCAUCCCAGUCCCACGUGAAUUAGAAUGCGAGGAAAAUGGAAUUGUUGACAUUAUUCCACCCUCAGAAGACCCCUCGGCUACGAGGAAAAGAGAGGAAAGGGCCAUUGACAAUGUGGAUAUGAAUGUGAAUGCCACACAUGGUAAUACGGAGCGCUCGCUUGACAAUGCUGAAGAACGCCCGUACCUAUUACUUGUGAAGGGAGCAGACAGUAGUAUGAUGACAAUUUUGAAUAAAAAUAAUCCAAGAAAUGCGGAAUUGUGGCCUAUUUUUCAGCGGGAACUUGAAGCGAUGGCACAACAGGGACUUCGGACACUUGUCAUGGGACAACGAUAUCUUUCAGAACGCGAGGUACGAGAGUGGUUACCAUCCUUUCAUGAAGCUCAAUGUAGUAUGCAUAACCGAAUGGAGAGGCUCCAUCGCGUCUAUGCGAUGUUAGAAAAGGAUGUAGAUCUUGUGGGUACUACAGCCGUAGAGGAUCGACUUCAAGAUGGAGUUCCAGAGACGAUAAAAUUUUUUCUAGAGGCAGAAAUUGUUGUAUGGAUGCUUACAGGUGAUAAACGUGAGACGGCGGUAACGAUUGCAGGUACAAGUGGUUUAAUCGACCCCCAGUUUGAAGAUUGUGUGAUUCAUUUAGAUGUUGCAGAAGCCUCUUUACAGUUUACUAGUGUUACUGAAGCUGCGGCUGAUGCCACCUUGUGGGAAUCACUACAGGAACAGAUAAGGGAGGCUGUACGAAAGUGUAAUACUUCUGACGAGAUAUAUGGAAGUACUCGAACGGUGGUGUUAGUUGUAGACGGACGGACGCUAGAUAUCAUUUUUACCGAUGUCGCUUGUACUCGUGAAUUUUUUGAAAUUGGUAUUCGAUGCCGUAGUGCCGUGUGUUGUCGCAUGACGCCGUUGCAAAAGGCAAAAGUUGUACGUAUGUUUCAAAAGAAUACAAGUUCUGUUGCGUUGGCGGUUGGUGAUGGUGCCAAUGAUGUUUCUAUGAUCCAGGAGAGUCACAUUGGCGUUGGUAUUAUGGGACUUGAAGGCUCCCAAGCGGAAUUGGCAAGCGAUUAUGCAAUUCCCAAGUUUCGUUUCUUAAAACGAUUGCUGGUGGUGCAUGGUCGAUUUGCUUUGUACCGUGACGCUCACUGUAUUACAUUUAGUCUUUACAAAAAUGUUGUAUUAUGUACCGGUCUUGCAACAUACGCGUUCUUCUGUGGUUUUUCUGGUAUGAUUUUAGUGGAAUCUUGGUUGCUCGCCAUGUUUAAUUUGUUUUUUUGCUCCCUGCAACCUUUGGCUCUUGGUAUCUUUGAUAAGGACGUGGAUGACGAGCUAGCCGAGUCUACCCCGUCUCUUUACCCGGCGUUGGCACGUGAACAUAUGUUUUUUAGUUGGAGUUACAUCCUCAAAUGGCUUUGCGAUGGUGUAUUGGAUGGGCUUGCGCUGUUUUUUGUUAUUUUCUACACUGUGGCAAAAUGGGACGAAUUAUACCCGUACCGUUCAGCUUCUCUUGAAGAUUAUGGAACGUUAUUUUUCAUGAUGGUAUUGCUUCUAUUAAACCUCCGCAUUGCUGCAGUCAUGACAUGUUAUACCGCCAUUUCAGUUGCCGUCAUUGCAUUCGGGUUUAUCGCGAUUCCGACGUUGACGAUGGUGUAUUCCGCGUUUCCUCACAUCCUUGGAUCCAAUUGGGGCGUAAACAUUGCCAUGGAACUAAUGGGAACAAACAAGUUUUGGAUGCUGAUGUUUUUCUCCGUUGGUGUCUUUGUUGUGUACGGGAUGGCAGUAAAUACGUACAUUGCGCUCUUCUGGCCGUGGGCAAACGGUGGGGCUGCCAUGCGAGCAGCGUGGCGCUCACCGUAUCGGCUGGAGUACAAGGAACGCAUGAAACAACGUGGCUGA